UCAUUAUUCAAUUGAAACGGGUGAAGCAUUGUGCUGUGUCGUUUUUCAAAAUACAAAGGAAAAAGUAACAAAUUAAGAACAAUAUAUAAGAUGGGCGGUCACAACGAUCAAAAUGGAAACUCAAAUGGCCAGCAUGACGAUGACUCAAUUACUGAGCCAGAGCAUAUGCGUAAAUUGUUCAUUGGCGGUCUGGAUUACCGCACCACCGAUGACAAUUUAAAAGCGCACUUUGAAAAAUGGGGCCAAAUUGUCGAUGUGGUCGUCAUGAAGGAUCCGCGUACGAAGCGCUCACGCGGUUUCGGCUUUAUUACAUACUCGCAUUCAAGCAUGGUGGAUGAAGCCCAAAAGGCACGUCCGCACAAAAUCGACGGACGCGUCGUCGAGCCCAAGCGUGCUGUACCACGCCAAGACAUUGACUCGCCCAAUGCAGGCGCCACUGUCAAGAAGCUGUUUGUAGGCGCCCUGAAGGACGAUCAUGAUGAGCAGAGUCUGCGUGAUUACUUCCAGCACUAUGGCAGCAUUGUUGACAUCAACAUUGUCAUGGACAAAGAGACUGGCAAGAAACGUGGCUUUGCCUUUGUUGAGUUCGACGACUACGAUCCCGUGGAUAAAGUUGUGUUGCAAAAACAGCACCAGCUGAAUGGCAAAAUGGUGGACGUGAAGAAGGCUUUGCCGAAGCAAAAUGAAAUGGGCGGCGGCGGUGGUGGUGGUCGCGGUCAGGGUGGUCGCGGCGGUGGCGGCAAUAGGGGUGGAAACAUGGGCGGUGGUGGUAACUUUGGUAACCAGAACGGAAACUGGGGUAAUCGCGGCGGUAAUAACGACAAUUGGGGCAACAACAAUUUUGGCGGCGGCUACGGCGGCGGCAACAAUUGCUGGGGCAAUAACGGACCCUGGGACAACAAUUGGGGCAACAAUGGCGGCAACUUCGGUGGCGGCGGCGGUAACGGUAACUGGGGUAACAAUGGCGGCAAUGACUUUGGUAACUAUCAGCAAGGCUACAGCGGUGGUCCACAGCGUGGCGGCAAUUUUGGCAACAAUCGCAUGCAGCCCUACCAGAGCGGCAACUUUGCCAACAAAGCAGGUGGUAAAUUAGCAGUGGCUCAGUUUAUUCCCAAAAGUCAAAGUCAAGUAAACGAUACGCAAUUCAAUGAUAUGAGCAACAACUCAUAUACCUAAGAAGUUUUCCGAGAACAUCCAUACCAAUAUCAUGACAGAGAAGAUAAAUAUCAGGAACAGUGCAGUGCAGUCGUGUGAGAUUGGUUCAGUCAAAGUCAGUACAAGUACAGAGCAGAGCAGUAUGUGUGUGUGUGUGGUGCGUUUAUUCAGAGAGCAGUUGCAGCAGCAGCAGCAGAGUUAACAGAACUUACAAAUGCAGAGAAGACAGAAGUGAAAUGAAGAGAAGUGAAUUAAGCAGCAGCGAGACCCUCACACAUACGCAUCCAGCAGUACACGUACACAGCAGCUGGCCAGGAUUCAAUGAGAGUAAUUUGCACAGUUACGAUACGAUAUUAUGAUAUACGAUAAUUGAUUUAACACACACGUCAUCAAACCUACCUAUUCAAUAUUCAAAAUAGAAUAAUAUUUAUAUUCAACAUUUUGUAGCCAACUUAAUAAUUAUAACAAAAGGAACAUUGUAAAAUAGUAAUGUCGCAUACACCAUGCGCAUCAAAAACAAACAACUCGAGUUACAUUUUGUACCCUUGUAGCCACAAUCCUUCAGUAAGCAGUAAUAUUACUUAGUAUAUACAAAACAUAUUAAAAACGAAAACUUCAGGGCGGCAGCCGACUAAAUCUAUAUUCAAGCGACCACCUCCAAUGGUUGAAUGGCUAUCGCCCACAAUUUCUGAUAAUCAGUGCAAAAAUCUACACAAAUCUAUAUUUAAACAAAUGUAUUAAUAUUUUUCAUUAGGCUUAAGCUUCUCAUAAUUUUAAAAACGAGUAGAGCGUGCGCUCAUCUUUUUCAAGAGCCGCUCGCGCUGCUCUAGCAUUAAAUACUACAU